UUCGCUGUGUAAAGAAAAGUAUAUAUAAAUAGCGAUAAGUGUCUGUUAACAAAACAGGAUAUCUAUAGUUAGUUACAGGUACAUGUACGUGGAAGGUGUAUAUUUAAAGGCAAUGACAGAAAAUAACACCAGAAGUUAAGUUUCUGUCAUUAUCCAUAGAAUCAACAGUAUUGACAAAUCCAUGCGUGGUGUAUAUCAGAAAAUCUGUAUACUGCCUUACUAGUCUCGACUAGCUUUCGUCUAAUAGCUGGUGACAUCAUGGCUGCCCAAACGGUGAAAGAGCUGACUGAAAAAUUAUCAGAUGAACAAAUAAAAGAAUUUAAAGAAGCGUUCAGUCUGUUCGACAAAGACGGAGAUGGAACCAUUACGACAGAAGAAUUAGGAACAGUGAUGAGAUCACUGGGACAGUCUCCGAACGAACAGGAUCUCCAAGAUAUGAUUAACGAAGUGGAUGUUGACGGAAAUGGAAUCAUAGAUUUCACUGAAUUCCUUGCAAUGAUGGCAAAGAAGAUGAACGCCACGGACUCCACAGAAGAGAUCCGCGAAGCAUUCAAAGUAUUUGACAAGGAUGGAAAUGGACAAAUCAGCGCGGCGGAAUUACGUCACGUGAUGACAAAUCUCGGCGAGAAGUUAUCGGACGAUGAAGUGGACGAGAUGAUCCGAGAGGCUGACUUAGACGGUGAUGGGCAAAUUAAUUACGAAGAAUUCUCAAAAAUGAUGUCCAUGCAGAAUAUGCCGUGAUGUCAUAACGUUCGUGGUAUUCCUCCUAAUUUUGUACGCUGAAAAGACAAAAGAAUGGACACUACGCUAUUUGCAAAAUCGAGAUGAGUUAUGCUGUAAGCCAACAUGAUUUGGCGAAAUAAUUUUUUUGCGCUUCAUCAAAUUUAGAUAAAAUGAUAUUACACACUCCCAAAAAUGUGUUGCAGAAAAUAUUGGAAUUUGCGCAAAUCUAGGGGUUUUAGGCACGUUUUAAGCGCCAUAAUCGCAAAAUAAGAGCACCGCUAAAAUAUACGGGCUUACAGUAUAUAUUCAAGGGAUGAAUAUCAAUACUUAUACCGGAUCUAUAGCCGGACUUUGUGGUGAAAUUAUUGUUUUAUACAUACAAUUGCGUUCAUGCCAGUAUAACUGCAUGUGUACGUACAGUUUAUCGUUAUAUUGUAAGUAAAUAUGGUUGUCAGUUAUCAUCCGUCCGUUUAACUAAUAUAUAAUUAUUAUGAUUGAUGUACACGAGUUCGUCCUAUCAGACAAACAAACGUCAAAUAUUUUUCGUGAAUUUUUAUGUCAUUGAUUUCAAAUAAACACAAUCACCAAUACCAA